AUGAAGUGUGGCUGUGAUAGUCUGCGUCUGUCUGGUUUCCACCCGGGCGGUAAUGUCAGACGGACCGGCUCGAUAUAUGGAGUUUCGAGAAACAUUUUGGAUACGAGAGUUACUCUCCGAAGCUUUUUGAACAAAAUGGGGAACUUUAGAGUAUUUCUGAGAGCAGCACUGGUCUUCCUGAUAUUCGGGGUGUGUUUUGUGAGCUGUGAUAUAACAGACGGUAACGUGGAACAUCUAAAGAGAGAGCACUCGUUGAUGAAACCUUACCAAGGUGUUGGCAGCGGACAUAGCAGUCAGUGGGACUUCUGGGGAAACACGUUGGUGACCAGCUCGUACGUCAGACUCACACCAGAUGAGAGAAGCAAACAGGGAUCCAUCUGGAACACUGUGCCGUGUCACCUGAAAGACUGGGAGAUGCAUGUGCAGUUUAAGAUUCACGGGUCAGGCAAGAAGAAUCUCCAUGGCGACGGCAUCGCUCUCUGGUACACAAAGGACAGGCUGCAUCCAGGCCCUGUGUUUGGAAACCAAGAUCAGUUUCUUGGGCUGGCUAUUUUUUUGGAUACCUUCCGCAAUGAUCUCCAUGGGAUGGAUCGGUCCUUCCCGUUUAUUUCAGCCAUGGUGAACAACGGUUCAGUGAACUACGACCACGGCAAAGAUGGCCGAUCGUCGGAGCUGGGAGGCUGCUCCGCUGAGAUCAGGAACAGAGAUCAUGACACGUACCUCGCCAUCCGCUACUCCAGAGAGAGACUCACGGUGAUGAUUGAUGUGGAAGACAAGAAUGAGUGGAAAGAGUGCAUCGACAUCGGGGGGGUUCGUCUUCCUACCGGAUAUUUCUUUGGGGCCUCGGCAGCUACGGGAGAUCUGUCCGAUAACCAUGACAUCAUCUCCAUGAAGCUCUACCAGCUGAUGGUCGAACACAGCCCUGAGGAGGAGAAUCAGGACUGGACAAAGAUCGAGCCCAGCGUCAGCCUCCUCAAGUCCCCUAAAGACAACAUUGACGAUCACGGAAACUUCCGAGGCACGCCCCUCACCGGCUGGAAGGUGUUCCUGCUCCUGCUCUGCGCCCUGCUGGGAAUCGUCGUGUGCGCCGUGGUCGGAGCUGUAGUUUUCCAGAAGAGGCAGGAGAGGAACAAGAGGUUUUACUGAGGAAGAAAAGACGGAGAACCUUGUCAGGGAGAUGUUUGUUUGUGGAAUGAACUGUUUCCAGAUGACAGAUAGAGCACAUUCAAUGUGAAUUUUUUUUCUAAAAGAUUGUACAAAUGUUUAUAUCUUUGAAGCACUGCGUUGGGAAUGGACGAUGGUAACUUGAGAUGUGGGUUAAAAGAUGGCGGACAAGAGGUUACCAUAAUGAGUGACCCUGAUCUAUGCUGUUUUUUGUUUUUGGUUUUCAUGUGUCCAUUGAUGGCAGCGUGAGAAUAAACCUGCUGCUGUUAAAGCGCUUUGAUCUCCACCUUUAACUCUGUUUAGAAAUAUGCUAAAUCGUCAAACAGAUGUCUCCAGCCCGUUUCUGCUUUUCUCUCUUCUGCAGAUAUGAUGCUAAAAAAAAAAAUCGGCGUACUUUGGCAUCCAGUGGUCAUUUUGAUUUUGAUUUUUGUCUUCCAGACUUUUUACCCUAUUUUUUAUGGAAUAAGAAAGUUACAAAAAUGUCAGACAAAAAAAAAACAUAAUGAAGAAAACAUGUUAAACAUUAGAAGAGUAGAAAAUCAAAUGGGUAACCCAUGGGACAUGUUGUAUUUGUUGAUCUUUCUUUGUUACUUUUUCUAUUCUCUAACUUUAAAGAAGAAACCUUUGCUGUUUGUUACUUUUGAUCAUUCAGACAGUUUAACUUGUUAGCAAGGAUAAAAUCAUGCUCUCCAUGUAAUCAUUCAUAAAGGAGCAGAACACAGUGACUAGGGGGAUAAAUUAUAUAAAUGUGUUGUCAGGACCCUCGACUGUCAGACAACAGGAGUGAAAGUUUUUUUGUUUUUUUUUCAGUGUUGGGGUUUUAAACACUUCACAUCCUCAGUCCUAAAGGCAGAGAUGUUUGAUGUUUUUCCUUUCUGUCUGUUUGUUUCCCUGCAGCAUCGGGGUGAUUAAUCCAGAAUAUGCCUUAGUUAUGAAUUGUUUGUGUUUUAUGUUUAAUAAUGAUUCAUCAUGACAGACCCUCUGUCAUUCAAUGAAGUAUUAUGAGAAUCACUGACUGAUUCAAGUGUGAUUAAUAAAAGCAGCUCUUUCAAAGAACACAGACAAGGAACUAAUAAACCUUAAAGUCCACUUAACACCUUCAAACCAGCUUUUUCAUUUCUCUGAAGAUCAUAUUGCUCUUCUUUUGGUUUUCUUCCAGUCCCCCUGCUCCCCAUAUCUCGGGUAAAUCUUGAAUCUUUUUUUUUUUUCCUGCUCCCUUGAAGCUGUGCUGUAUUAGUUUCUGCCACAUCUGAUUUGUGAUGAGACUCGACACAACUUGAAACCACUCUACAGAAAUAAAGUAAUACAAUUAAAACUG